AAAAAGGGAAAGAAAAAUAAGCUAAACUGCAAAGCCUCCAUUUUCGUAUAUGCAAGCGUGGACUUUCUAGUUUCUACUGAAAAACACAAAGUUUGUUCAGAUCCUAUACACACCUUUCUCUUCAAUCUAUCCUUUCUCAACAACCCCAGAAAAACAAAAAAACAUCAUAGUUUACAUAGGAAAAACAAUCAAGAAAUCAUAGUUUCUACUGAAAAAAGUUUGUUCAGAUCCCAUACACACACAUCUUGCUCUUUAAUCUCUCCUUUCUCAACAACCCCAUAAGAAAAAACAAAAUCUUUCAACAGUUUACAUAGCAAAAACAAUCAAGAAAUGAUAAUUUACAUAGGAAAAACAAUCAAGAAACCAUAGUUUCUACUGAAAAAAAAGUUUGUUCAGAUCCUAUACACACACAAUCAAGAAAACCAAGUUUUUUGAUAGUUUACAGAAGAAAAAACAAUCAAGAAAUGAUAUAAUUAAUUAUCCAAAUAUAUAUAUUUAUCAUCAUGGCUGAAAAUGAAGGAUCAUCAUCAUCAUCAUCAUCAAGGGGUCAAUUAUUACGUCCAACAAUUACUUUACCACCAAGAAAUAAUUCUUCAAUGGAAAAUAUAUUUUCAGGUGGUAUUAGUCCAGGUCCGAUGACACUUGUAUCAAGUUUUUUUUCGGAUAAUGAUCCGGAUUCUGAGUGUCCUUCUUUUUCACAGUUACUUGCUGGUGCAAUGACUUCUCCGGCGGGUUUUCCGGCUGUUAGACCCGGUUACCCGCCACCGUCUACGGCGGCGAUGGUAACAACUCAGUCGCCGUCGUUGACGUUUAGUGUGCCACCUGGAUUGAGUCCAAAUAGUUUGUUUGAUGGGUUUUUUUCACCUGGUCAGGGCCCUUUUGGAAUGUCACAUCAGCAAGUGCUUGCUCAACUUACAGCUCAGGCAACCCAGGCUCAGUCUCAAAUGCACGUUCAGCCCGACUAUCCAUCUUCUUCAACAGCAGCUGCACCAUCAAUGUCUCAGUUCCAAUCCUUAACAUCAAAUGGAGCAGCAAACCAACAGAUACCUAACAUCGUGAAAGAGUCAUCAGAUGUUUCCCUAUCUGAUCAGAGGUCAGAACCUGCUUCCUUUGUCGCUGUUGACAAACCUGCUGAUGACGGCUACAACUGGCGAAAGUAUGGACAGAAGCAUGUCAAGGGAAGUGAAUAUCCUCGUAGCUAUUACAAGUGCACACAUCCAAAUUGUCCAGUCAAGAAGAAGGUCGAGCGCUCCCUAGAUGGCCAGGUGACUGAGAUUAUAUAUAAGGGCCAACACAACCAUCUGCCACCUCAAGCUAGUAAGCGUUCAAAAGAAAGUGGAAACUAUAAUCUUCAGGGGCCCUAUGAGCUCAAUUCAGAGGGUCUGGCAGGAAAUUUUAACAAACCCAAGGAGGGCGAACCUUCCUAUUCGUUAAGAAUGAAGGAUCAAGAAUCCAGCCAAGCAAAUGACCAGAUCUCCGGAUCAAGUGACAGUGAGGAAGUGGGUAAUGCAGAGACUAGAGUGGAUGGGAGGGAUGUUGACGAACGGGAAUCAAAGCGGAGGGCUGUAGAAGUACAAACCUCAGAGGCAGCUUGUUCUCACCGAACUGUUGCAGAAUCUAGGAUCAUUGUUCAAACAACCAGUGAAGUUGAUCUAUUGGACGAUGGUUAUAGGUGGAGAAAGUAUGGCCAGAAGGUUGUUAAAGGAAAUCCUUAUCCAAGAAGCUAUUAUAAAUGUACCAGCCAGGGAUGUAAUGUGAGAAAGCAUGUCGAAAGGGCUGCAACUGAUCGUAAAGCAGUCAUAACAACAUACGAGGGUAAACAUAAUCAUGAUGUGCCUGCAGCCAGGAACAGUAGCCACAACACAGCCAAUAAUUCGAUGUCACAAUUGAGGCCACACAACCCUGUAGUCGAUAAACCAGCUGCAAUGCGGAGAACAGACUUUCCGAACAAUGAACAACAACCGAUAGCACUUCUACGUUUCAAAGAAGAACAAAUUACAUGAUCAAUUGAAGCUUCAUCCCGGCAUGAUAAUUGACAGGGCAGCCAGUAGAGGGCUGUAACUUAUUACUGAAUUCUAUUUCUCGCGGUUGUAAAGUUGAUGUCGGUCCCUCCUAACAAUCAUGAAACAAAAAAUGGUACAGUAGUUGUGUUGACACGAAAUAAUAGGUCAGGAAGGAGUGGUUUGAAUAUAAAAUUGUUUGUAAAUGUUCUCAAAAAGGGCAUAGGGUUGUUAGCUAUGUUAUUUCUAUAUGCAUUCUUUUUGUAAAUGCUUUUAUAUUUCAACAUGUUUUGGCUUUUUAUCUUGUAAUCGUUUUAUAGUUAGGCCUUUGAUCUGAAUUUGAAUGAUGAUGCAUUAAGUUUUUGGACAA